CUGGCAAAUAUAAACGUCCGUCUCUUGCUCGCAAAGUUGGACAUGGCUUGCAUGCUUUAGCCAUGUUUAUCAAAUCUGAAGGAUUGAAGAUGAAAGAUACACAGACUACCAAAGAUGCUGAGGAAUUUGCACUGCUAUACCAAGAAAGUUGGAAAUUUGACAUUGCAAGCCAAGCGCUAACUCAGCUUAACCAGACAAAGUGGAAUUCUCCUCAGAUUCUACCAUUCACACAAGAUGUCCACAGACUUCAUUUCUAUUUGUCUGAGAAACAGCAGAAGCAAUUGAAUGCCCUGCAAGAAGAGCCUUCUCCCUUGAACUGGAAGGACCUUGCUAAAGUGACCCUGGCGCAAGUUAUCCUCUUCAACCGACGAAGAGCAGGAGAAGUAUCCCGAAUGUCCUUGUCGGCGUUCCUGUCAAAGGAUACAUCAGAGACACACGAAGAUGUUAACCUAGCCCUUACAGCACUUGAGCAGAAGCUUUGCAAACAUUUUGUUCGGAUUGCCAUAGUAGGAAAGAGAGGAAGGAAAGUCCCUGUUCUCCUGACCCCGGUCAUGAGAGAAUCGCUCGAUACUCUGACUGAAAAGCGAGAAGAAUGUGGAGUACUGAGUGAAAACGGAUACUUGUUUGCAUUGCCUCUCUCUGUCCAUUAUUUGAGGGGUUCCGAUUGCAUUAGGCAGUUUGUGAACGAAUGUGAUGACAUCAAACACCCCAAAGCACUAACCUCAACAAAACUUAGGAAACACAUUGCUACUCUGUCGACUGUUCUGAAUCUCAAGACUACAGAACUUGACCAAUUGGCAGAUUUCCUUGGGCAUAACAUUGAGGUCCACAGAAAGCACUACCGCCUUCCAGAGGGCACCCUCCAGCUUGCUAAAAUAAGCAAAGUUCUUCUAGCGCUGGAACAGGGACGGCUAGGAGAAUACAAGGGGAAGAAUCUGGAUGAAAUUCAGCUUGAUGUGACUGAGACUGUUGACAUGGAUGGGUGUUCACAAGAGGAAGAUGACUUUAUUCCAGACGUACAGGAGCCUGAAGUUGAGGACAGUGUGGCAUCCACACAAGAACCUACAUCCACACAAGAACCUACAUCCACACAAGAACCUACAUCCACACAAGAACCUACAUCCACACAAGAACCUACAUCCACACAAGAACCUACUUCCACGCUGCAUUCCCAAUACCAGAGAAAGUCGGCAAAAAAGAGAGGUAAAGAAACUGCUGUCAAAAGAAGCUGGACAACAGAUGAAUGUGCGGCAGUAGAAAGACACCUAAGGAAAUUCAUUGUGAGGAGCCAAGUUCCAGGGAAAAAGGACUGUCAGCGCUGCGUUGAUGCAGAAGCUCAAGCGUUAGGAAAUCGAGACUGGAAGGCGGUCAAAUACUUCAUCAAAAAUCGUAUUUCUGCCAUAAGAAGGAAAGUACAGUGAAAUACAGGUAGCUCAACGUAUUGGAUGCCUUCCCACUAG